UUGUCGUCGUGUGGGUCAUAUGAUACUGUCAUUCAGUGUAAGGAGUUUUUACUUUAUUAUUAAAUAUUGUUCCUGUCAAAAUUUCUUACGUGCCUUACAUAUGCACAAGUGAAUCAAAGUAAUUUUAUUGAAUAUAAAAGCAGUUUCAUAUAUCGUGCAACAAUGUCAUUUUUUGGAGUAAAUGUCAAUCCAUUCUCAACACCAGUAGGUCAAAAAAUAGAGCAAGCUACAGAUGGUAGUUUGCCAAGUGAAAAUUGGACACUUAAUAUGGAAAUAUGUGAUAUUAUAAACGAUACUGAGGAUGGGCCAAGAGAUGCAAUUAAAGCAAUUAAGCGUAGACUCAAUCAGGCUGCUGGAAAAAAUUAUGCUAUAGUCAUGUAUACCCUUACUGUAUUAGAGACAUGUGUAAAAAAUUGUGGAAAACGUUUUCACGCUCUUGCUUGUUCACGAGAAUUUGUGCAAGAAUUGGUCAAAUUAAUUGGACCGAAAAAUGAACCACCAACAGCAGUGCAAGAAAAAGUUUUAAAUUUAAUUCAAACAUGGGCAGAUACAUUCCGCCAUCAACCACAUACUCAAGGAGUUGUUCAAAUAUAUCAAGAAUUGAAAGUAAAAGGCAUACAAUUUCCAAUGACAGAUUUAGAUGCCAUGGCACCCAUUAUUACUCCAGAAAGAAGUGUACCUGAAUCAGAACAAAAUGUGACUGUGCCUACUGUUGAACAACAUACAGUAACUCCUGUAACUCCACAAGUUCAACAACCUCAAAGUCAAUCUUCUGGACAAGUAACUCUAUUAAAUGAACAGCAAAUUGCUAAAUUACAGAGUGAACUUGAUGUUGUACAAGGAAAUAUGCGUGUUUUAUCAGAAAUGUUGGCAUACUUUACAAGCUCAGAUCAAAAUAGUAGUCAACAACCUGAUACUGCAGACCUUGAACUUUUAACUGAACUUCAUUCUACAUGCAAAGCAAUGCAAGAACGGGUUGUUGACUUAAUUGGAAAACUAGCACAUGAUGAAAUGACAGCAGAAUUGUUGCGUAUUAAUGAUGAAUUGAAUAAUUUAUUUUUACGUUAUUCUCGAUAUACGAAAAAUAAGGCUGUUGCUGCAAGUACUAUUUUAGCACAAACAAUUGGUCAUCCACAAAACAUAGACGCUGCUUCUUCACUUAAUAAACAAGAAGCUGAUUCUCUUAUUGACUUAUCUGAUGAAACUGAUACUUUGGAGAAGAAGAUAACAGAAAUUGAUAUAGCCGAUAAUGUUGAUAAAAGUAGGAUAGAUAAAAAGGAAAAGAAAGAAGGAGAUAGUGAUGAAUUUGAUAUGUUUGCACAGUCACGGAAUACAUCUUAUGAAACUACGAAGAAUAGUGGUAGCAAAUAUGAAGAUAAUUUGGAGCAGGUGAGCGGAGGAAGCCUCAGUACAGCGAUUCUCAACCGCAAUAAUCCUAAGUAUCCCCAGCAGACUGCUUCUACAGUUGCUUCUACUACUGCUACUUCUCUGAACCGGGAAUCUGAAUUUAAUGAAAUGGCAGCCUGGUUAGAUCAUACGCCAGGAGCACAUGGUGAUCAAGAAUCUUUAACAUCUUCCGAAUUUGAACGUUUCUUGGCAGAACGAGCAGCUGCGGCAGAAGCUUUACCAACUCUACCCACAACUAUUACUAAUACUGGAAGUACUACAAAUUCUGAAAAUAUUCAGCGUCAAAUUAACAAAGAUCAAGAUAAAUCUUUAUUUGCUCUUUAA